UGCUCUUGUCUAUCUCUUAUUAAUCGAGGAAUUAUUUGCAGGCAUUAUUUUCAAAUAAUGCUUCGUAGUCCUGCAGCAAGAUUCCAUUUAAGACUUAUUCCUUCACGAUGGUAUUAUAGAGAUAAAGAUCCUAGUAAAGAGCAAUUUUUAGUUGCUAGCAAAUUUGAAAAUGAGAUUACACCUCUUAUUCCUCAACAUAAUGUUCCAUUUUUAACUGCAAUUUGCAAAACAUCACAAGAAUUUAUUACUCGGCAUGAACAACUUACAGACAUACAAUUAUAUGGUAAAAUUGCUGGCUUAUCACAUAAAGCUACUAUGAAAGCUGUUAGUAAAAGGGAUAUACGUAUAAUACAUAUUUUGGAGAAUUACUUAAAAGAUGUUGAUGAAGAACAAGAUGAAGAACAAAAUGAAAAUAUCGAAUUAGAAGAUACAAAAGAUGAUGAAUCUGAUAAGGAAAAUUUUCCUUUUAUUCUCAAUAAUCCUAAUAAACAAACCAGGUCUAAAGGACGCCCGAAGGGUACAAAACGAAUUAAAGCAAGCCAUGAAAAAGAAAAGGCUACGACUUCAGUAAAUAGUAAACAAUAUAAAUGUGGAAAUUGUGGUGAUAUGGGUCAUAAUAAGCGAAAUUGUAAUAUUUUAAGAUAGUUAUCAAAUGCUAAAGUAUCUUUAAAUUUGACAAUAAAGUUUAUUAAGCCUCCUAAUUAAAUCUUCACUAAUACUUCCCAAAGAUAUACAUACACCACUAAUCUAUUUAUUAUCUCCGAAAUAGAAGACAUCAGAGUUUCCAUG